AUGGCGGCGUCACCGGCCCGGGAGCUCACGCAGAACCCGCUGCAGAAGAUCUGGGAACCCUACAACAACGGGCUCCCGGCCAAGCACAGCGCCCAGCGCGGGGUCUGUAUGACCAAUUGUCCUACACUGAUUGUCAUGGUGGGCCUCCCAGCCAGAGGGAAAACGUACAUCUCCAAGAAACUGACACGCUACUUAAACUGGAUUGGAGUGCCUACAAAAGAAUUUAAUGUUGGUCAGUACCGUCGAGAUUUGGUAAAAACAUACAAAUCGUUUGAGUUCUUCUUGCCAGACAAUGAAGAGGGCUUGAAAAUCAGAAAACAGUGUGCCUUAGCAGCUCUGAAUGAUGUCCAGCAGUACCUCAGUGAAGAAAAUGGGCAUGUGGCUGUUUUUGAUGCUACAAACACAACACGAGAACGCAGAGAAACCAUCUUCAGAUUUGGUGAGGAGAAUGGCUAUAAGACGUUCUUUGUUGAAUCAGUAUGUGUAGAUCCAGAGGUCAUUGCUGCAAAUAUUGUGCAAGUGAAACUUGGCAGUCCUGAUUAUGUUGAUUGUAGUAAUGAUGAAGCUACAGAAGACUUCAUGAAAAGAAUAGAGUGCUACAAGAACACAUAUGAGAUGCUAGAUGAAACUCUGGACAAGGAUCUUUCCUAUAUUAAAAUCAUGGAUGUUGGAAGGAGUUACCUUGUGAAUAGAGUAAUGGACCAUAUCCAAAGCCGGAUUGUCUACUACCUCAUGAAUAUCCACGUAACUCCUCGCUCGAUCUACCUCUGUCGACAUGGAGAAAGUGAACUGAAUCUGAAAGGGAGGAUAGGAGGAGACACUGGACUGUCCCUUAGGGGGAAAGAGUUUGCCAAGAGCUUGGCGCAGUUCAUUAAUGAGCAAAACAUCAAGGAUCUGAAAGUUUGGACCAGUCAGAUGAAAAGGACGAUUCAGACUGCAGAGGCUUUGGGAGUGCCUUAUGAACAGUGGAAGGUUUUGAAUGAAAUAGAUGCAGGAGUCUGUGAAGAAAUGACAUAUGAAGAAAUUCAGGAAAACUAUCCUCUUGAAUUUGCUUUGAGAGACCAAGACAAAUACAGAUACAGAUACCCUAAGGGGGAGUCAUAUGAAGAUCUCGUUCAGAGAUUGGAGCCAGUAAUCAUGGAGCUGGAAAGGCAGGAAAAUGUGCUUGUUAUAUGUCACCAAGCAGUUAUGCGCUGUCUGCUUGCUUACUUUCUGGACAAGACUGCAGAACAACUGCCUUAUCUCAAGUGCCCACUCCAUAGUGUCUUAAAGCUAACCCCAGUGGCUUAUGGUUGUAAGGUGGAAUCCAUAUUCCUGAACAUUGAAGCUGUAAACACACAUAGAGAUAAACCAGAGGGAAGACCCAUGGGGAUUUUAUUACCCAUAGAGAGUCACAGACGGGACCUGUACUUGAGAUGUCUUCUGAAAGACCCACACUGA